AAAACUGUGUUAUAUGUAAAUAAUAAUAAUUUCUUUCAGGAAAUAUUAUUAAAAAAUUUGAUACGGUGAUAUUUGGUUUAAAUGUCUUCCUUAACAUUCAAGUUGAAAAAAAGAAAAUCAGUGACAUCCAAAUAUUUCUCAUCGAAAAAAACGAAGCAUUCGUCAUACGAAAACUCGUCGUCAACUAGAAAUGAAGUUGUAAAACAUGAGCAAGACACAGGCAGUAGAUGUGACGGAAGUAGUGCUGUGAGUUGUGACAAACUCGUUUAUAAAACUGACAGUACUGAAUGUAAGAAGAAGAAAAGUCAGCAACAUCACCAUUUCAUUGUAAACGACACCAUUGAAUGGAAACCUUCUCUAAACGAUACCGAAAACAGCGAAGCUCUUUCAGAGAAUCUGAAGAUUCCACGGCAGUUAUCUCGAACGGAUUUUCAAAAAACUGGAAUACCUUUGAGCAAGUAUUUACUAGGUAAAAUAUUAGUGCGCAAAUCCAAUAAUCAAAUAUUAAGCGGACGGAUAGUAGAAACGGAAGCUUAUCUGGGUGAACCUGAUAAAGCCUGUCACGCUUAUGGCGGGAAGAAAACAGAACGAACGAAGACAAUGUAUAUGGCGGAAGGAACUGCGUAUGUGUACUCUAUAUAUGGAAUGUAUCAUUGCCUGAAUAUAUCAAGUUCUGAUCCGGGUGGAUGUACUUUAAUACGAGCUUUAGAACCUUUGAAAGGAAUGGAUGCUAUGCUGAAGAAGCGGUCUGCCAAACGUAAAGACACGUCGCCAGCUUUGAAGGAUCACGAGCUUUGCAAUGGGCCUUCCAAAUUGUGUGUAGCGCUGGAUAUAACAAAACAAAAUUUAAAUGCUGUUGACAUGGGAAAGUCUUCUGUGUUUUAUCUUCUCGAUGAAGGUGUUAUUAUUAACGAUAACAAAAUUGUAACAUGUAAGCGAAUUGGGAUUGAUGGUUACGGCGCAGAAUGGGCUUCGAAACCGUAUCGUUUUUACGUGCUGAACAAUAAGAGUGUGAGUGUUCGAAAUAAAGAAGCGGAAAACAAAGACUGCGACAGUGAUAUAUAAAAAUACAAUCCCGAAUAUGUUUGCUUUCUUCGUGCAAUAAAAGAUGCAGUUUUUCGUCCACCGGUGUAUUCACAAAAUUCAACUAGCGAUUUUAAGGCGAUGCUAGGAUUUUAAACUCAAAUUUUUCUUGUGUUUGCAUUUCUAUUAUCCGCCGAAAUCGUUUUGUGGGUAAAAAAAUUGAAAAUUUCUCAGGAUUUUGGUGUGGCUUUAACUAUUAGCAUGGAAAACAUGUAAAUAUAUUACAAUAUGAUUUGUUAAAAAAAUUUAUGUGUUUAACUUUUAUUUCCA